AACAAAAACAUAAAUGUCAUUUUGGAUUUUGUAUUUCCUGUUUGGUCAAAUAGAUGCGCCCUGCAACCCUGAUGACUUUUAUUUUGAAAUGUGUUUGGCUACGCGCGCCGGAAGUUGUGCGACUCUAGCUCAUGCUUCUGAAACAAAGCUAAGGACGCUUGCUUUGAUCAUUUGAAUUAUAAUAGCCCAUUUGGGCAACUGUUCAAAUAUUACAUUAAAACCGUCGUUCUACGGAAUAUCACAAAAGACAGCAUGGCUGCAGACUGGUUAGGUAGUCUGGUGUCGAUAAACUGCGGAGAAACUCUGGGGGUGUACCAAGGCGAGGUGUCGUCUGUGGACCAGUCCAGCCAGACCAUCUCCCUCAAACAGCCCUUCCACAAUGGAGUCAAGUGCCCUGUGCCCGAGGUCACUUUUAGUGCCGUGGACAUCAAGGAGCUGAAGGUUCUGGAUAUAGUGAGUGGUAGAGGUGGUGUGGUUCCGAAGAGCAGCGAUCCGGUCUCAGUCCCACACCGAGGACACCAUAAGACCCAGGACAGGCUGGCUUCACCGCAGCAGCAGUGCUCAAAAAGCUACGGCGAUAAACACCUGGAGGUGCCGGGCCAGUCCAAGGGUUUCCGACGAAGACACAACUCCUGGUCGUCCAGUAGUCGGGGCGCCAACCAGGUCACCCCGAAGAAGAGCGUCGUGAAGAACGGAGGAGGUGGUCAGAGGCAGCACAGGGACGAUGAGUGUUUCGGGGACAAUAUGGACGACGGGCUUGACACGGACUUUGACUUCGAGGGGAACCUGGCGCUGUUCGACAAAGCUGCCGUGUUCUCACAGAUCGCCGGGUCGGAUCGCCGCGGUAACGGGGCCCGGUCGCGCGGUACGCCGCAAGAGCAGCAGCCGUCGCAAUACCGCCACGACAAGAACAUUCUGGAGACCAAACCUGUGGUUUACAGGCAGAUAGUUGUCCCUCAGCCUGGGGCCAAAGAGUAUUGCACUGACUCGGGCCUGGUGGUGCCCAGUAUUUCCUAUGAGCUGCACAAGCGUCUGUUGUCAGUAGCUGAACGUUAUGGCCUCUCAUUGGAGAGGAGGCUGGAGAUGACAGGUGUGUGUGCCAGUCAGAUGGCCUUGACGCUGCUGGGCGGGCCCAACAGACUGACCCCUAAGAAUGUGCACCAGCGGCCCACUGUGGCCUUACUCUGUGGGCCUCACGUCCAGGGGGCCCAGGGUAUCAGCUGUGCUCGUCACCUGGCCAACCACGAGGUGGAGGUCAUAAUCUUCCUGCCUGACUUUGUCAAGGUGCUGGAUGCCGUCUCCAGCGAGAUCACGCUUUACACCAAGACAGAGGGCAAACAGGUCUCCAGUGUUGAAGAGCUUCCGGACAGCCCCGUGGACCUUAUCAUCACCUGCCUGGACUGUCACGAGGACACCUUCCUUAUGGACCAGCCGUGGUACCAGACCGCUGUAGACUGGGCCAACCAGAACAGAGCUCCCGUGCUCAGCCUGGAUCCUCCAGUCAGCGGACAGGGCCACGCCGUAGAAGCCAAGUGGACACUGUCUCUGGGUCUCCCGCUACCGCUGUCAGAGGGAGUAGGUAGGGUUUACCUGUGUGAUAUUGGGGUUCCCCGACAGGUGUUCCAGGAAGUUGGGAUCAAGUAUCAUUCUCCGUUCGGUUGUAAGUUUGUGGUGCCGUUGCACUCUGCGUAACUGAAGGGUUUCGAAUUACACAUGGACUCUUGGGCGCCCCCUACGUCUCUUGGGCGCCCCCUACGUCUCUUGGGCGCCCCUCUACGUCUCUUGUUCUGAGAAGUAAUUUGAACUGUGUUUAACUGGACUGCACUGACCUUUCACCUUCAGAUUGAACUUUGAACUCUCUCACUGACCAUUCAGGGUAGUGUUCACUAUGUGUGAAACUAAAGAAAACUCUGAAAUUAAACUGGUGGAAGUUAGUAUCUGAACUUAAGAAAUGCUUGUUGGAGUGCCCUAAUAAACACAACCCCUGGGUUUGAGGGAUUGAC